GAGACGCGCGUCUCUCACUCACCCGGAGGGGAGCCCAGGUCUGGCUGCUGCCCGUGGAACACAGGCGAUGGACAUUGAGAAGGUCAACUCCAUGGACUUCGGAGAAUUUGUGGAUGUGUUUGGGAAUGUCGUCGAGAGGUGUCCUCUGAUCGCAGCUGCUGUUUGGUCCCAGCGCCCGUUCUCUGACUUGGAAGAUUUAGAGAAGCACUUUUUUGCCUUUAUCGAUGGUCUUCCACAGGCAGGCCAGGAGGGCGUCCUGCGCUGCCACCCGGACCUGGCGGGCUGCGAGCUGCAGCGGGGCGCGCUCAGCGCCGAGUCGCUGCGGGAACAGAGCGCCGCGGGCCUCACGAGCCUGGGCGCGGCCGAGCGGCUCCGCCUGGCGGAGCUCAACGCGCAGUACCGCGCGCGCUUCGGCUUCCCCUUCGUGCUCGCCGCGCGGCUCAGAGACCCGGAGGCGGUGCUCCGCGAGCUGGCGCGCCGGCUGCGCUGCCUGCCCGCGCAAGAGCUGCGCACCGCCCUGGGCGAGGUGAAGAAGAUCGGCCGCCUGCGUCUCGCCGACCUCCUCGGGGGCCACCCCCUCGGGCCGUAGCCACCCCGCUGGCCGCGGACCCCGGACCCCCGACGCACGUCGGGACGCGCGGGCGCCGCGGGCGCGCGCGCUGCGCUUGGAACGGCGUCCACGCCCGCGCACAAAGGCCGGGGAGCCCCGAGGCAGUCGCACGGAUAAUGGGCCCUUUUGUCCACCUGCCCGCACGCGCACGCUUUACCAGAAUAUCUCUAGACAGUUUCAUGCUUUGCCCCCGAUUUAUCCAGCUCACUGCUCCAAUUCUUCGCUCCCUUUGCGGCCCGUUGACACCACCAGCCUUUGCGGAUUCUAAAGCGCUUAUCCAGCUCUUUUUGGCUCCUCACCCUCUCCUGCUAAACCCCAGCCUCAAAGCAAAACGGACGGAUAAAGGCAUCUUUUAUCCCACAGCG